AUGUAUGACUACUCACUUUUCUAUAAAAGAAAUGGAGAAUCCUCAGUAUAUGUUGUAGUAUAUGUGGAUGAUGUACUACUCACUGGAACUGACCAAGAGGAAAUUGCACAACUCAAAGUAUUUCUACAUGAACAAUUCAAGAUCAAGGACCUGGGGCAGCUGCACUACUUCCUGGGAUUGGAGAUUAUGUAUAAAGAUGAUGGGGUUAUUAUAUCUCAAAGGAAGUUUGUGCUAGAUUUGUUAAAAGAAUACAAUUGUUUGGAUUACAAACCUUGUUCUUCACCCUUGGAUCCCACUAUAAAGUUGAAGGCUAGAGAAGGCACAAUCCCACAGGAUCCUACCUAUUAUAGAAAGCAAGUAGGUAAAUUGAAUUUUCUAACUAACACCAGAUUGGACAUUGCAUAUAGUGUCCAACACUUGAGCCAGUUUAUACAGGAACCUAGAGAACCUAAUCUGAAAGCAGCAUUUCAUCUGCUCAGAUAUUUGAGAAAUGACCCUACUUUGGGAAUUUUCAUGUCAAAUAAUGGAGAUCACACAGUUAAAGCCUAUUGUGAUUUUGAUUGGGCAGCCUGCCCGGAUUCUAGGAGGUCCAUUACAGGUUAUUUAGUGCUACUGGGCAACAAUCCUAUCAGUUGGAAAUCUAAGAAACAAGAGACUAUAUCUUUAUCUUUUGCAGAAGCAGAGUAUAGAGCUCUCAGGAAAGUAGUAUGGGAACUAGUAUGGUUGAGCAGACUAUUUGAAGAACUGAAUGUUCCUUUUUCCUUACCUAUCUCAGUAUUCUGUGACAUUCAAUCUGCACUGCACAUUGCAAAGAAUCCAGUAUUUCACGAAAGGACCAAGCAUAUAGAAGUGGAUUGCCAUUUUGUGCGUGGUCAAUUACAAGCAGGCCUAAUUUCUCUCUACCACAUCCGAACAGAUAAUCAGCUUGUAGAUGUUUUGACUAAAUCCUUGACCGGGAUCAAGCAUAGUGCUACAUUAGGCAAGUUGGCUGUGUUCACCACACCUCCAACUUGA